ACAAGUCUUAAGAAGAUAAAACCACCAGAUCAAACCAACUGAGUCUAAUCAAAAUGGCGAAAACCGGCCUCUUUUCACUUCUCUAUCCUUUGCUGCUUGCAGCCCUUGUGCUCAACUGCCACUGCCUAGAAAGGAAGCUUCAUGUAGUCUACAUGGGAGAUCGACCUGAAGAAGGUGUAUCAGUUGUUUCCAAGCAUCACGGAAUGUUGCAUAGAGUACUUGGAAGUGCCUCAGCAGCCAAAGACUCACUGGUCCACAGUUAUGGAAGAAGUUUCAAUGGAUUUGCGGCCAAGCUCACAGACGAGGAAGCCACCAGAAUUUCAGAAAUGGAAGGAGUGGUUUCAGUAAAUCCAAGCCGCAAGCACAAGCUUCACACUACGAGGUCUUGGGACUUCUUGAAUCUUACCACAGACAAGCUGCAAGCAGCACCUGAAUCAGAUGUUGUUAUCGGCCUCCUUGACACUGGAGUCUGGCCAGAGCAUCCGAGUUUCAACGACACAGGUUUCAGUUCUCCACCAACUAAAUGGAAGGGAACCUGCGCAGGCACUAAUUUCACAUGCAAUAACAAGAUCAUUGGAGCACGGUUCUAUCACAGUGAUGACCAGUACUAUAAUGGAGACGUCCCCUCAGCAAGGGACACAGAAGGACAUGGAACACACACAGCAUCAACUGCUGCAGGGGUUGAGGUAGAUGCAAGCUACUUCGGUGUAGCAGCGGGAAAAGCACGAGGAGGUGUCCCCAGUUCAAGAAUUGCAGUGUACAAAGUCUGCUGGUCAGAUGGUUGCAGUGAUGCAGAUAUUCUUAAAGCCUUUGAUGAUGCAAUCGCAGAUGGAGUUGAUGUCAUCUCCGUUUCGUUGGGAUCAGACUGGCCGCUUGAUUAUUUUGAUGACUCUAUCGCGAUUGGAUCCUUCCACGCCAUGAAGAAUGGAAUCCUUACUUCAAACUCAGCUGGAAAUUCGGGUCCUUUCCCUGUAACAGUUUCCAACUAUUCUCCAUGGAGUCUCACAGUUGCUGCCAGCACCAUUGACAGAAAAUUUGUUGCCAGAAUGGAACUUGGAAAUGGCCAAAUAUUCACUGGAAUCAACAUCAAUGCCUUUGAGCUCAAUGGGACUUCGUACCCAUUAAUAUGGGGAGGAGAAGCUGCGAACUACACUGCCGGUGCCAAUCCAGAAAUCGCUGGUUAUUGCCUAACUGGAGCCAUGAACGCCGAGAUAGUGUCCGGUAAAAUUGUUUACUGUGACACAAUCUGGGAUGGUUCUGGUGUUCUUCUGGCUAACGGUGUUGGAAAUAUCAUGUCGGACGUAAAUGUUGAAAAUCUCGAUGUCGCCUUCAGCUGGCCGCUACCAACUUCACUCAUCAGCCCCUCCGAUGGGAAAAGCGUUCUGGAAUACAUUAGAAGCACAGAGAAUCCCAUAGCAACCAUUUUCUUCACUGAUGCAUGGAAAGACGCCAUGGCUCCGAAUGUUGUUUCAUUUUCUUCCAGAGGGCCAAGUCCCAUCUCCCCAGACAUUCUCAAGCCUGAUAUCACAGCCCCUGGUGUGGACAUUCUGGCUGGAUGGUCUCCCGUAUCACCAUCUACAAUCUACUACGACGACACUAGAAGCACACUCUUCAACAUCAUUUCUGGCACAUCUAUGUCUUGCCCUCAUGCCAGUGGUGCUGCUGCCUACGUCAAAGCUGCUCACCCCAAAUGGUCGCCAGCUGCCAUUAAAUCAGCUCUCAUGACCACAGCUUAUGUCAUGGACUCAACAAAAAGUGAGGAUCUUGAAUUCGCUUAUGGUUCGGGCCAGAUCAACCCGGCUGCUGCAAUCGAUCCUGGACUAGUAUUCGAUGCAUCAGAAGCAGAUUACAUCAACUUCCUCUGCAAACAGGGCUACAAUACUUCCACUCUCAAGCUAGUCACAGGAGACAACAGCACUUGCGAUGGUAUAUUACCCGGAAGAGCAUGGGACCUCAACUACCCUUCAUUCUCACUAUACGUCGAAGAUGGGCAGCCGAUUGCAGCCACCUUCACCAGAAGAGUGACUAAUGUUGGUGCAGCAAACUCAACCUACGCUGCCAUCACUGACCUUGGAGCAAUAUUUGGGGCUACAACGCAAUUGCCGUUUAACGUUACAGUUGACCCCGCUGUCCUAAAAUUCUCAGCAGUUGGAGAAACCCAAACUUUCACUGUUAAUGUGACGGGACCAGCCAUUUCACAGCAGCCAAUCACCUCAACCGCGAUCUACUGGAUGGAUGAUACGCAUGUGGUGAGGACGCCACUCGCGGUCUACAACUACAUCCCUGGUGCUCCUUACAAUCUUGACGAUAGCUCCGUAUCUGCAAUUGAUCCUACACACCGGCGUGCCUCUGUGUACCAGAAAGUUGGAGGCAUUGCAAAUCGCAAACCACACGCAUAGUCUUCUCAAAAACAAAAGCCUCAGCAAUGAGACGCAUUUUCUGAUUAAAUGUAUGAAUAAUGGUAUGUUACCUGGGAUAAUUCCUUGAACAUAGCGAAGCUGCACUCAAGGCCACCAGGGUGUUAGAUAGUGUUUUUCAUCUUAUGGCAACAAAAAAGGGGCUGUUAAGUCCCACGCUUCAUGCAGUCAUGCUGUUAUCAAUAUAUUAAAUAAAAUCGUUGUCGAAAUUCAAGGCA